AUGAGCAGGGAACGUUUAAUACCACUAGAAACAAUGGAGAAAGAUUACUAUUUAGAUGAUCGUAAUGAUUGGUUUAGUGAUGGCGAGCGAGAAAAUAGUGAAAGCUCUGAUGAUGGUGAUGAUGGCAAGGAAUUUCUUCGGUCAAGUGGCAAAUUUUCCGGAUGUAGAAGUGCCCCGUGUAAAAAACUAUCUAGAAAAGAUGAAUUCGAAUCUGAUAUGGAUGAUGAACUCGAUAACGAUUUUGUUACAUUCACAGCAAAGAUAUUUACCCCGUCAGGGAAACGAAAUGUGGCGACAUUAAAAGAGGACAUUAGCGAUCCGUCGAAAUUUAUUUUAACGGAAAAAUCUUCGUUUGAUGAUGAAAACAAUCUAUUGCGUAAGGCAGUAAAUAAGAUUGGAGAGUCAACAGAAAAAGAAGUUGUUGAAUUCUAUGAUUCUGAAGAAGACGAAGACAACGAACUAUGGGUACGCCAUCAUCGAGAACAGCUGAAAAUUAUAAAACCAAGAAAUAAAAAUGAGUCAGAUUUUGGAGAAGAUAAUCAAAUCAAUGAAAAAGUGAAUCGUGAUAGUGAAACAGAUGCAGUACUCUCUUGUCCGGCUUGUAUGUCUCUGUUAACUAGAGACUGUCAAAAACACGAAUUUUAUCAUAAUCAGUACAGAGCAAUUUUUGUGGAAAAUUGUGACGUAAUAGAAAAUGAAGUGCUCUUUUUACCUCAAUCAAGAAAGAAUGAACGGAAAGCGCGGAAGAAUACUGCAGGGAUCAGACCGAAUGCUGUUGUUAGUCCAGGUGAUGUUCUGAAUAUCCCAAAAGAAGAUUUAUUCCAUCCGGUGCAUUGCAGUGUUUGUCAAACAAAAAUUGGAGUGUAUGAUUGUGAGGAAGCAAGUAUGGUAUCAGGGUCAUAUGCUACUAUAGCACUUGAAAUUGCUCAUGAAAUAUAA